AUGGGUCGGGCGGUGGGGGAGGGGCAGGCAGAGCCCCCCAAAGAGCCCAAAGACGAUUUAGAUGAAAUCAACCCCCCCGAACCCCGAGACCCCGACGGGCUCUUCAUCAGCAAACCCCAAAAUGUCCUGGUGGAGAGCGGGGGGGACGUGCUGGUGGUCGCCCGCGUGGACGGGGCGCAGCUCCCAGUUAAACCCAGUAUGAAGUGGUUCAAGGGCAAAUGGGUGGAACUGGGAGCCAAGAGCGGGGCCCGGUUCCAGUUCCGGGAGAGCUGCGAGAAGGAGACCAAGGUGUUCACCUUCGAGCUCUCCAUCUCCAAGGUGGUCCCCGGUGACCGGGGCGAUUAUCGCUGCGAGGUCACGGCCAAGGACAAGAAGGACAGCUGCUCCUUCAACAUCGACGUCGAGGGCGGACGCCCCUCGGGCUCGGACAACGUCCUGCAGACCUUCAAGAGAGCGGACAACUCCAAGGAUGAAACGGCCGGAGAGCUGGACUUCAGCGGGCUCCUGAAGAAGAGGGAGGAGCAAGCCGAGGAGACGAGGAGGAAGAAGAAGGACGAUGAAGAAGACACCAUCCCCCCUGAGAUCUGGGAGCUGCUCAAGGGCGUCACCAAGAAGAGCGAGUACGAGCGCAUCGCCUUCCAGUACGGCAUCACCGACCUCCGCGGCAUGCUGAAACGCCUCAAGAAGAUCAAGGUGGAGCCCAAGAAGAGCGAAGCCUUCAUCCGGAAGCUGGACCCGGCCUACCAGGUGGACAAGGGCAACAAGAUCCGGCUGAUGGUGGAGCUGAGCAACCCCGACCUGCCCCUGAAAUGGUACAAGAACGGUCAGCUGAUCAAACCCAGCAACAAGUACGUGUUCGAGAACGUGGGUCUCAAGCGCAUCCUGACCAUCAAUAAAUGUUCUCUGGCCGACGACGCCGCCUACGAGUGCCGGGUGAACGACGAGAAGAGCUUCACCGAGGUGUUCGUCAAGGAGCCGCCGGUGACGAUUGUGAAGGGUCCCGAGGACCAGCAGGUGGUGGUGGGCGAGCGAGCGGUGCUGGAGGCCGAGGUGUCCGAGGAGGGCGCGCAGGUCAUGUGGACGAAGGACGGCGUGGAGCUGACCCGCGAGGACGCCUUCAAGUACCGCUUCAAGAAGGACGGCAAGAAGCACUUCCUGAUCCUCAACGAGGCCACCAAGGAGGACACCGGCCGCUACCGCAUCCUCACCAACGGCGGCGAGGCCGAGGCCGAGCUCAUCGUGGAAGAGAAGCAGCUGGAGGUUCUCCAGGGCAUCUCAGGAGUUCUGGGCCCCCCCAAACGCUGCUGGCGGCCCCCCAGGAUCCACAAGCUGGUGAUCGACGACGUGCGGCCCGAGGAUGAGGGCGAUUACACCUUCGUCCCCGACGGCUUCGCCCUCACCCUCUCGGCCAAGCUCAACUUCCUCGAGAUCAAGGUGGAGUACGUGCCCAAACAAGAGCCCCCCAAGAUCCACCUGGACUGCUCGGGGCGGGACACGGAGCAGACGCUGGUGGUGGUGGCCGGAAACAAACUGAGGCUGGACGUGCCCAUCUCGGGGGAGCCGCUGCCCACCGUCACCUGGACCAAGGACGGACAGGUGUUCUCCUGCCCCGAGGGGCGUGUCCGGCUGGAGGAGAAGCACGGGCUCAGCAGUCUGGUGGUGGAGAGCGCCGAGCGCGGCGACGAGGGGCGCUACGAGAUCCGCGUCACCAACCCGGCCGGGGAGGACACGGCCGCCAUCACCAUCCGCGUCGUGGACGUCCCCGACCCCCCCGAGGCCGUGCGCGUCACUCAGGUGGGCGAGGACUGGGCCGUGCUCGUCUGGGAACCCCCCAAGUUCGACGGGGGACAGCCGGUGACAGGUUACCUGGUGGAGCGGAAGAAGAAGGGCUCGCACCGCUGGAUGAAGCUCAACUUCGAGGCGCUGCCGGCGCUGAGCUUCGAGGCCACGCGCAUGAUCGAGGGGGUCCUGUACGAGAUGAGGGUCUUCGCCCUCAACGCCAUCGGGGUCUCGGCCCCCAGCCUCAACACCCCCCCCUUCAUGCCCAUCGCCCCCACGAGCGAACCCACGCACCUGACGCUGGAGGACGUCACCGACACCACGGCCACCCUCAAGUGGCGCCCGCCCGAGCGCCUGGGGGCGGGGGGCAUCGACGGAUACCUGGUGGAGUGGUGCCGAGAGGGGGAGCGCCCCAAAAUCCGCCUGCCCCGGCACCUGCGGCAGACGUACGUGAGGAAGGUGGGGGAGCAGGUGAACCUCGUCAUCCCCUUCCAGGGCAAGCCCCGCCCCCAGGUGACGUGGACGAAGGAGGGCGGGGCCCUGGGCGAGGACGUGCACGUGCGCACCUCGGAGCGCGACACCGUGUUCUUCAUCCGCGCCGCCGCCAGGGGGCACUCGGGGCGCUACGGGCUGAGCGUGCGCAUCGAGGGCAUGGAGGACACGGCACACAUGAGACUGCGCGUCGUCGAGCGGCCGGGGCCCCCCCGGAAGGUGCAGGUGAAGGAGGUUUGGGGGUUCAAUGCCCUGCUGGAGUGGGAGCCCCCCGAGGACGACGGCAACGCCGAGAUCACCGGCUACACCGUCAUGAAAGCCGACAAGAGAACCAUGGAGUGGUUCACGGUGUACGAGCACAACCGGCCGCUGCGCUGCACGGUGUCGGAGCUGGUGAUGGGCAACGAGUACCUGUUCAAGGUGUUCAGCGAGAACCUGUGCGGGCUGAGCGAGCAGCCGGGGCUGUCCUGCAACACCGCCAUCAUCCCCAAAGCCGAGCUGAGGUUGAAGCCCCCCCAGUACCAGGAGCGCGAUUUCCGCUCGGCCCCGCGGUUCCUGACGCCGCUGGUGGAUCGCAGCGCCGUGGCCGGAUACUCCACCGCCCUCAACUGCGCCGUCAGGGGACACCCCAAGCCCAAAGUGGUGUGGCUGAAGAACCAGGUGGCCAUCGGGGAGGACCCCAAAUUCCUGGCCCGGCACAGCCAGGGGGUCCUGACCCUCCUGAUCCGAAAGCCGGGGCCCUUCGACGGCGGUACCUACACCUGCCGCGCCGUCAACGAGCUGGGCGAGGCCCUGACCGAGUGUCGCCUCGAGAUCCGCGUGCCCCAGUGAUGGCAAUACAGAAUGGCCAGCACAAUCCUGCACAGCCAGAAGCCCGUGAUGGCGAGGAAAAAGAGGCCGCCCAAUACCCCUCGAACCCCGGGAAAAAUAAAUUAUCUGAGCAAUCCCA